CGUAGUUCCCGGCGGCGCCUCGCUGCGGCCCCGCUGUCCCCCAGCCCCGCCCUUCCUCGACAGGUGUCCCCUCCCGGAAUCGGGGUCUGAACCCCGCCACAGCUCUGCAGGGGAGGAAGCACCUGGGUCGGGGGGAAGCCUGGGCAGGCUCUUUGGAGACGCUUGGGGCUCCGGAGAGCGUGGGUGGCAACGGCUUUCAAGCUUGUGAGGAGCAUUCUUGUAAGCGAGCAUCCUGACACAGAAGCCGCGUUGAGAGCGGGCUCAGAUGGAGCAGAUUAAAAGGGCCAAUAAACUGUUUACCAAUGACUGUAUAUUUCUGAAGAAAACUUUGAACAUCCCAGUUAUAUCAGAGAAGCCUUUGUUGUUUAAUGGACUUAACUCCAUUGAUUCUCCAGAAAAUGAAAUUGUUGAUAACAGUUUUUCUCAGGAAGAGGGGCCAGUGGUGGCCGGGGAAGACCUCCCUCCUCCCAGUCCUCAAGAAUCUGAUGUUCAGCCUGUGCAGCCUGAGGAAGUAUCAGCCAGAGAUUUCCUGCAGAGACUUGACUUGCAGAUUAAGUUAUCAACACAGGCAGCCAAGAAGCUAAAAGAAGAGAGCGGAGAUGAAGAAAGUCCCUAUGCAACUUCCCUCUAUCACAGUUAGGUGAUUUGGGGGCAUAACUCUAACCAAAAUUAAGAUAUGUUUGGACCUUAAAGAAUCCAACAACUGAAGAUUCAAAAACAUCCCUUCUGGAUUCCUAUAGUGUCCAUCUUAAAAUCAUAACUAGGUAGUUCUACCUGCUGCAAUUGCACUGAAGUGAUUAGUUCCCUCUGGCUUUCUAUAAUUUUAAGUCUUUAUUAUGGCAUGAUGGCAAGGUUGUAUCCUAAAGCUCAUCACUUUUGUAGGUGGUGUUAGUUUUUAGACUAGCUUUUAUAAAUACUAAUUGACAUAAAGCAUCAAAGACUAUUUAUAUAUUUAGGCUAAAAAUAAUGUUUAUCUCCUUAUGCAAUCCUGAUCAUGUGAAAAUAUGGUUGCUGUUUAAGUGAUGCUGAAUUUGCUGUGUGUUUAUAACUUAAGUGCUAUAUAUAUAUUUCGAUAUGUCUUACGUAUUCUCUAUUAAUAUAAAGAACCAAAUUUUGUCCGCUAUUUUGUAACAAUAAACUAGAAAGCCUGAAUGAGAAAAUAAACUAUGUUUUUAAACUUGA